GCAAUCUCCUCGCCGAAAUGAAGAUCGCCGUGUGUGCUUUGGGAUGGCUGGCCGCGUCUGUGGCGGCGGUGACCUUUCGCGUUCCCGUGACAAAGCUGGACGAUGCGCAGUUCGUCGAGGGGUACCUGAAGGGUCAACGACUCAAGGCCCCUCGUGUGUGGGACCCCACGGGCCUGACGUUGGAGGACCACGGCAGUGUCGUGAUUGAGGACUUUGGCAACGCGCAAUACUUUGGCGAGAUCUCCUUGGGCACCCCUGGACAAAAGUUCAACGUGGUGUUCGACACAGGGUCGAGCAAUCUGUGGGUCCCCAACAGAUUGUUUGGCACGCAUCACGUGUACAACCACAAGGAAUCGUCGACGUACAAGCCCAACGGCACGACGUUCCACAUCCAGUAUGGAAGUGGGCCGGUGUCGGGCUUUCUGUCGCAGGACACGCUCCAGUUUGGCGGGUUGACCCUCACGGACCAGUUCUUUGCCGAAAUCAACGUGACUAAGGGACUCGGGCCCAUGUACUACCUCGGCCAUUUCGACGGCAUCUUCGGGCUCGCGUUCGACUCGAUCUCCGUGGGCCACGUCAAGACACCGUUCCACCGGCUGCUGGACACGCUGGACAAGCCCGUGUUUGCGUUCUACUUGGGCGACAACCAGCCGGGCGAACUCACGUUUGGCGAGCUCGACCCCAAGCAUUACAAGGGCGACAUCACGUACGUCAAGCUGUCCAGUGCUACGUACUGGCAGAUCCCGGUCGACAGCAUCAAGGUGGGCGGCAGCGAAGUGUCUGGCCCGACGCAAGCGAUCGUGGACUCGGGUACGUCGCUGCUGGCGGGGCCCAAGGCGCUGGUCAAGUCGCUAGCCAAGCAAGCGGGCGCCCAUCCAUUCAUCAUGGGCGAGUACUUGAUUCAGUGCGACUCGCCUGGCCCGGCCAUCAGCUUCACGCUGGGCGGCAACGUGUACACGCUGACCAAGCAGGACUAUAUCAUCCGCAGCGGUCCCAUCUGCCUCUUUGCGUUUGUCGGGCUCGACAUCCCCAGCGGACCGCUUUGGAUCCUCGGCGAUGUGUUCAUGCGCAAGCAUUACACCGUCUUUGAAUGGAACACCAACGGCACGUCUCGCGUAGGGUUUGCAGACGUCGCAUAACGAAAUAGCAAGCAGCAUCACAAGUUGUUGAUACUAACUACUAUAGUAAUGACUGAACUCUGACUUUACUCUUAGUUACUGGAACAUGCCAACGUGACGAAACGAGUAAGGUUACUAGUUAGCGGAGAUUCUAUAGAAAGUAUGUAAACAAGUAACAGUGGUUGAAGAGGUAAA